GUCUAAAGGAACAGACAUGUUGUGUUGGGGUUAUCUUGGCAGACCUGCCUCCCUGCUGUACUUUCAGAGCAGAACCAUGAGGGGGAGGAGGGACUUCUGCUCACACAAAAGCCUGAUGGGUCGACCUGCUURGGGACAGAAAGCAACAGAGACGCCAGACAAGCAGGCUUGUGUCUCAGCUGCCACCAGAAGAGACGUGGGAACGGAUGAUCCUCUGCCUGACAUCUGACACAAAGGAGAAGAAGGAAGACGGUUCCCGGUGAGGCAGAUCUGCAGGACUUUGAGGCCAGCUCCUACAUCAAUGAGGACACCAGGCAUGGCAGCAUUCAAGCACCAGAAUGUGGAGGAUUUCUACGAGAUUGGAGAAGAACUGGGAAGUGGGCAGUUUGCAGUUGUCAAGCGUUGUAAAGAGAAGACCACUAGCAGCCAGUAUGCCGCCAAGUUCAUCAAAAAACGCCCGAGUCGGAUCAGCAGGCGGGGCGUGAAGAGAGAGGAGAUCGAGCGGGAGGUGGACAUCCUGCAGCAGAUCCAGCACCCCAACAUCGUCACCCUGCACGAUGUGUACGAGAACCGCACCGACGUGGUGCUCGUGCUCGAACUGGUCUCUGGAGGGGAGCUGUUUGAUUUCUUGGCUCGGAAAGAGUCUCUCUGUGAGGAGGAGGCCACUCAGUUUAUUAAACAGAUCCUAGACGGGGUUCACUACCUGCACUCCAAGGGGAUUGCACACUUUGAUUUGAAGCCUGAAAAUAUAAUGCUGCUGGACAGGAGCGUCCCUCUGCCCCGGAUUAAAAUCAUAGAUUUUGGACUGGCGCACAAAAUAGAACCUGGGGCGGACUUUAAAAACAUCUUUGGCACGCCUGAAUUUGUUGCUCCAGAAAUAGUCAACUAUGAACAGCUGGGACUGGAAGCAGACAUGUGGAGCAUCGGAGUCAUCACGUAUAUACUAUUGAGCGGUGCGUCUCCUUUCCUCGGCGACACAAAGCAGGAAACGYUGGCCAAUAUCUCAGCCGUGAAUUAUGAUUUUGAUGAAGAGUUCUUCAGUAACACCAGCGAGCUUGCCAAAAGCUUCAUCAGACAGCUGCUGGUAAAAGACACGAGGUAUAAAAAGAUAAAAAGAUCAACAGAUUCCUCACUCAUCCCGUUUGGAUCCGAGCAUGAAACCAGGAAGCGUUACGCACUCAUCAAGAAUGUCUGCUGGGGUCACGCACUAAUCCAUUCACCACCAAGUGUUUGUUUCAAAGAUGCAACAAUGAGACCAGCCUCUUACUCAGUGUCCCUCCUCCUCCUUCCUCCACCCUUCUUUCUGAAGUCCUGUGGCCGAGCAGAAGAAGAUGCAGGUGUGUCCAAAGCCGAGAAGAAAAUGGAAAAGCUGAAGACCAAGCGUCUAAAGGAGUACACGGUUCAGUCCCGCUCCAGCAUGCUUCACAACACGUACGUCCGCUUUGAGCGUUUUGUUCACGUGGUGGAGCACAUCGGCUUGCUGGAUGCUGGGAUAUCGGGAGUGGUGGGGGCUAACCACGCCCUGCGCCACGACGUAGAAGCACUCCUCUCCAUCUACAACGACAGGGAGGCCAGAUACGAGCAAGAGGGUGAAGCUGCCAAGAAGCGCCUCUCCCAGGCCCGCCGCGAGCUCCGUGCAGUGGAGGCMGCCCGGCUGCUGCUGCAGGAGGACGUCAAAGCUGUGGAUGCCAGUCUGGAGAACAUCAACGGGAAGUUCAAGCAGAGGCAGAGCCAGCUGGACACCCUGAGGCAGGAGCUGGACUCAGAGCUGCAGUGGCUGCAGGGACUGGUGGAGUCCAAAAUGGCGGUCUGAGUACAGAUGUGAAACGAGCACUGGUGGAGCUGCAGCUUCAGUCAUGCAGAGCUGACCAAGCAGACUCUGGAAAACCCAACUCUGAUGACCUGAAAACAUGUUUCUUAAAGAACAGUUUGAUUUGUUUUUCUUUUGCACAACACAAACUUUGGAUCAAAUAGCUGUUUCAUUUAAAAACGGAGAGGUAAUUAGUCUGUGAAAGGCACAAUUUAAAGGCACAUAUUGCCACUUAUAUAAUCAAAAGUAAAAAUUAUUUUCUUAAACUAUGUCAAACAGGGCAGUUUGAAAGUGCUUACUCUAGGAAUUUUCCAGAUUAAUAGAAAUUCCACCUGAAAUGCAGGUAUGCUCUCAAUAUCAACAAAGCACUCAGCUGAAUCCUCUGAAAACCAAGUGAAAGUUGAGUCAUGUGACCUGCUUUAGACUCAACURAAAACCAGGAUUUGUUUUGCAC